AUGGAUCUCUCGCGCAUCCUUAACGCUAACAUUGACGGCCGUACCCAGAAUACACGAUACCGCCAAUCACAGUUCCUUCGCCUCCAGUCUACUCUUGUGGAGAAUAUUGCAGAGAUUCAAGAUGCAAUCCGCGCCGACUCCGGUCAUACAACAAAGGAAAUUCGAGCGGAGGUCGUACUUGCGCUGCAGGAGCUUCGCACGCACUAUACAUCGCUGAAUCUUGCCAAGGAUCUGGAGGUUGAAUAUCGAAUUGCACAGGGCAAAGACAACCUCGGUGGUUCGCGCGGUGUAGGUAUCGUGUAUAUCGUGCCAUGUGUCCAUACUCUGUUUUUCUCGGUCAUCUCGGCAUUGACUGCGGCCCUUGCAGCGGGAAAUUGCAUUGUCCUUGAGACUAUGCUUGCACUGCCUGCUGUUCUGCGUCAGAUUCUACCAGAUGCGCUUGACCACGACACUUUCGCCAUUACUUCACAGCGACCCGAUAGCUCGUUCUUGAGCAAAGCGUUGAUGGUUAUUCAAACCGAGUCUGAUUCCCCAAGUGGAAUACUAUCGCCGGCGGCAGCGAGGACUGUCGCAGUGGUUGAUCGUACAGCGAAAAUCGCUGACGCUGCACAGGCACUCGUGGCGGCGCGAUUCGCGCUAGGCGGUCGAUCCCCAUACGCGCCAGAUGUCGUUCUGGUAAAUGAAUUUGUGAUGCAGCCUUUCGUCGAGUCAGUCAUUCAACAUGCGUCCAAGUAUCUUGCCGGUGAAAACGGCGAGGCGCGACAAGGAUCUGGCUCAUCUCGACGAUCGGCAUUGCUCGAUUCGAUCUCCAAGGACCGAAAUGCACGAGUGCUCGUUUCUGGAAGCAAUUGGGGCAUUGUGGAAGUUCAAGAUCGAAAUUCGCCAUUCCUGAAGAAGAAAAUUGACGAGAAGGUAUUGCUGGUGCAUCCUGUCACCAGCCUGGACGAUGCCAUUGAUGUCAACUUGUUUGUCCCCCCUAGAUAUCUCUGA